ACCACGCCCCCUGAGCCACCGCCCGAUGGCGCAGCCCAUCCGCAUCCCCGCCGCGAAGAUGCCCCACCCCCAAGGCGCUCGCAGGGUCCCCAGGCAGCGGACAGGCAGGCGCUGCAAGGAGCCGGCGACAUGGUGCGCGGCAGGGUCUCCCGGAUCUCGGUGCGCGACGUGCGCUUCCCCACGUCGCUCGGGGGCCACGGCUCGGACGCCAUGCACACAGACCCUGACUACUCGGCAGCCUAUGUUGUCUUAGAGACGGAUACGGAGGACAGGCUCCAGGGCUGCGGGCUCACCUUCACGCUGGGAAAGGGCACCGAAGUGGUCGUCUGUGCUGUGAAUGCCCUCGCCCACCACGUGCUUCACAAGGACCUCAGGGACAUUGUCAGCAACUUCCGAGGCUUCUACAGGGAGCUCACCAGUGACGGGCAGCUCCGAUGGAUUGGUCCAGAGAAAGGUGUGGUACACCUGGCCACUGCAGCGAUUCUGAAUGCGGUGUGGGACCUCUGGGCGAAGCAAGAGGGAAAGCCUCUGUGGAAGCUCCUUGUGGACAUGGACCCCAGGAUGCUGUUAUCCUGCAUUGACUUCCGAUACAUCACUGACGCCCUGACCGAGGAGGACGCCCUGGAAAUACUGCAGAAAGGUCAAGUUGGUAAAAAAGAAAGAGAAGAGCAAAUGCUGACACAUGGUUACCCUGCCUACACCACGUCGUGCGCCUGGCUUGGGUACUCGGACGACUUGCUGAAGAAGCUCUGCACGGCAGCCCUGAAGGAUGGCUGGACCAGGUUCAAAGUGAAGGUGGGGGCUGACCUCGAGGAUGACAUGCGCAGAUGCCGCCUCAUCAGAGACAUGAUCGGACCUGAGAAGACUCUGAUGAUGGAUGCCAACCAGCGCUGGGACGUGCCCGAGGCGGUGGAAUGGAUGUCCAAGCUGGCCGAGUUCAAGCCAUUGUGGAUCGAGGAGCCCACGUCUCCCGAUGACAUCCUGGGGCAUGCUGCCAUUUCCAAGGCACUGGUCCCUUUAGGAAUUGGUGUGGCCACAGGAGAACAGUGUCACAAUAGAGUGGUAUUUAAGCAACUCCUACAGGUGAACGCCCUGCAGUUUCUCCAGAUUGACAGCUGCAGACUGGGAAGUGUCAAUGAAAACCUCUCAGUGUUACUGAUGGCCAAGAAGUUUGGAACUCCUGUGUGCCCCCACGCCGGCGGAGUUGGCCUGUGUGAGCUAGUGCAGCACUUGAUCAUAUUUGACUACAUAUCAGUCUCCGCAAGCCUUAACAACAGGAUGUGUGAAUACGUGGAUCAUCUGCACGAACAUUUCAAGUAUCCCGUGCAAAUCAAGCAGGCUUCCUACAUGCCUCCCAAGGAUGCGGGCUACUCGACAGAAAUGAAAGAGGACUCUGUAAGGAAACACCAGUAUCCAGAUGGCGAAGUCUGGAAGAAACUCCUUGCUGCUCAAGAAAAUUAAGCAUUCAGCCCUAUUUCCUCUUCUUCUUACAUAGUGCUACCUACUACCUUUUCUUCUUUAAAAUUUCCUGGUUAGUUUUAUGGAAAUAGAAGGAAAAAAAUUGCAUCCUACCAAUCAAGUUCAGCUGAAUGUCCUAUUAACCUCAGGAAUCAGUUUCAUCAUCGAUUCUUUUAACAAAUCGAUGCAUACUCUAACCCUUAAACAAACUUAGAUUCACCUAGCCUGAAGUCCAGGAAGAUGUUCUUAACAAAAUUUCUACCAAGAGGGCCGGGGAUUUAGCUCAGUGGUGCCACCGCUUGCAAGGCAGGGUCCUCCUGAGUUUGAUCCCCAGUACCAAAAAAAAAAAAUUUCUACCAAGGGCUUGUACCAGGACAUUAAAUUACUUGGAAAAUCA